AGACGAGUCUUCCAUUCAAGAACUAAACCAACUCAACAACCUAAUUUAUCCCGACCAACUCUACAAUUUCAAAACUCUCCAAAACGAAAUCAAAAGACUCAAAAUCCAAGAUUUAACUAUCCAAAUUCCUUUAAAAAACAGGAAUUAGAACAAUUAACUAAUGAUACCAAGGAAAAGUGUAUCAAAGUUGAAAAAUAUCUUUUCGAAAAACUACUCAAAAAGCACACAAAGUUGCUUCACAGCAAUAAUUAUCCUAACUUUGAAAAGUUGGCUAAACUAAAAGAGGUUUUAAAUGAGAAAUUUACCCCAGAGGAAUUACAAAUUUUUUUGGAUGAAAUCUUUAACCUAGAAAAACAUUUAGAAAGUGAAAGUACAGUUGGUGAUGGCGGUGGUGGUGAUGGACUUUGUGAACCUAAAGCUCGAACUAUUACUUUACCAAAAGUAUAUAGAUUUCUCACGAUUGUUCAAGCAGGAACGGCCAUAGCCUUUAGCACUUUUCUUGUAACUCAUCUAAGCGCAACGACUUUAGCCACUUUUGGUGGUAUAGACCUAACGAAUAAAACCAUUAUACUUGGUAGAGUUUAUUAUCAAAGUAAAUUUUUAGAACCCAUAGUAGUAUUUGGUGCAUUGGUUGGACAUGUAACAGCUGGUAUAGCAAAACGUAGUAUUAAACUCUAUAUGAAAUAUAAAAAACGUGAUGAUAGAAAACUUACGCAAGAUGUUCAUGAAAAGGUUGAAAAAAUUAUUACGGAUGAAAAGAAUGAACAAGGAAACGUCGUUAGACAAAAGAUUACCACCAAAACAACUACUACCAUCUCUAGUUCUUAUUUAUCAAGAGCAUUAAGUUUUUUGCUUCCAAAUCAUCAUGUAAUUGGAUACAUUUUGGUUCCUUUGGUAUUUGGUCAUACUUAUAUUAAUCGUAUUUUACCCAGACGACAUUUUGACGAUUCUUCUUUAAUUAACGCGACUUACGUUACACUUUCUCUUCGAAAAUGGCCAGUUACUUCAUACUUGAGCUUAACCGCUUUAAUCGGAUUGACUGCUUAUCAUGUUACUAGCGGUUUUCCUGUCGUUUAUAAAAUUUUAAGAGGUUCUGUAUCAAAGAAAAACGGUGAAAAACAAUUCGUUCUUAGUGAUUCUGCAAAAAAGAAACUCAGAAAUGGUAUAAUGAUUACUUCAAUUGGUUUAUUGACUACCGGUUUAUUGGUUAUAGGUGGGAAAUUUGGUAAAGAUCCUAAAAUUCCUUUACGUACCGAAUAUUUAAAAGUUUAUGGUCAAGUACUCCCACAAAGUUGGAUAAGAUAA